UGGAACUCGAACUCAUGAAGCUAGUUUAAUUUGACUUGAAAGAAGAGUGUUAAUUGGUAAAGAAGCCAAGACUCUUGCAAUCAUAAUGGAGGAAAUGAAGAUAAGUACUAGUGCUAGUACUACUACACCGAGAGAGACACAGUACUCUGCUUCUUCUUCAAUGAUGAGUUCAACCAAAAAACCUUUGGGGUUUCUGUUUUACAUGAACACUAGUACUCCCUUAGCUAGCCCCAUGAAGAAGGCCAUUGAAAGCAUCUUUGAAGAAGUUGGUCGCUUCACCAAGCUUGACUCACAAGAUGAUUGGCUUCCAAUCACCGAGUCCAGGAAUGGAAAUGCUUAUUAUGCUGCAUUUCAUGUCCUUAGUUCCGGGAUCGGAUUUCAAGCACUUGUUCUUCCCUUGGCCUUCACCACUCUAGGAUGGAUUUGGGGAAUUUUGUGUUUGUGUGUGGCUUUCACAUGGCAGCUCUACACGUUGUGGUUACUGGUUCAGCUUCACGAAUCCGACACAGGAGUGCGCCAUAGUAGGUACAUCAAACUUGCUAUGGCAGCAUUCGGGGAAAAGCUAGGAAAACUUCUGGUACUCUUCCCUGUCCAGUAUUUAUCUGGUGGAACGUGUGUAACACUAAUCAUGAUUGGAGGUGGCACCAUGAAGAUCUUCUUUCAGACUGUAUGCGGAGGAGAGACACUCACAACCAUAGAGUGGUAUUUGGUGUUUACAGGGGCAGCCAUUUUGCUUGCCCAGCUUCCAAACCUGAAUUCAAUGGCAGGGGUUUCCCUCAUAGGAGCCAUCACUGCUGUAGCUUAUUGUUCUCUCAUAUGGACUGUGUCUAUAGUCCAAGGCAAACUUGCUCAUGUAUCCUAUGAGCCACCAAAAGGACAAUCUGGAAUUUUCAUUGUGUGGAAUGCAUUUGGCAUCAUUGCCUUUGCUUUCAGAGGUCACAAUCUUGUCUUGGAAAUACAGGGAACCAUGCCUUCAGAUGCCAAGCAACCCUCACGCGUAGCAAUGUGGAAAGGAACUAUGUUUGCUUACAUGGUCAUCGCUUUUUGUUUGUUUCCCCUAGCCAUCGGAGGUUACUGGAGCUAUGGAAAUUUGAUACCUUCCACCGGAGGAAUGUUAAGUGCUUUGCACAAGUACCACGAGCAUGAUACAUCAACGUUCAUCAUCGCUUUGACAAGCUUGCUAGUUGUCAUCAACAGUCUUAGUUCCUUCCAACUCUAUGCAAUGCCAAUAUUUGACAAUCUGGAAUCCAGGUACACAAUCAAGAAGAACAGACCUUGUCCAAGGUGGCUGCGAGUUGUGAUCAGGGUUCUCUUCGGAUGUCUUGCUUUUUUUAUUGCCAUAGCAUUUCCAUUCUUGCCAAGCUUGGCAGGCCUGAUUGGAGGUGUGGCUCUGCCAAUAACCUUAGCUUAUCCUUGUUUCAUGUGGAUAGAGAUUAAGAAACCAAGGAAAUUUAGCACCACUUGGUACCUAAACUGGACGCUUGGAGCUGUUGGGACGAUUCUGAGCGUGCUGGUUGUCAUAGGAGCCAUUUGGAGCAUUGUUGCCAAGGGCAUAAAGAUCCAUUUCUUCAAUCCAUAGUGAGAAAAUGAAAUUAUAGUAUUAUAUCAAUCACAAACAUGGAAGUUGGUAUGCUAGCA